AUGAUACAAGUCCCUCCGCACCACCACGGGUCAGCACAGGAGAGCACAGCACAGCACAGCACAGCACAGCCCAGCCCAGCACCAGCUGAUACCAGUGCUGGGUAUUCCUCGGUACUUGCACUUGCACUUGCGAGCCGCCAGGUCUGGGCCUCCAAUGUGGUGCAGCAAGCUCGAAAGCCAGCAGCGCAGUUGGAACCCGUGAGAACCCGCUGGGUAUUCAGCAGGGAGGGACUCCGCUCUUCAGAGCUUUUGAAUCCCCUCUUCCUCGCUGUGACCGUUUCUCACUCCUACGCUCCAGCAUACGCCACCGUUAUCGCAGUCUCACGCAGCAGCGGUGCCAAAAAGAAGAGGAAAGGGGAGGGAGGGGCGCCUCCUUCCGCAGUAGCAGACUAUGCUAUCGUGCCGCACCUAGUCAAGUACACGAACCUGACCAACACGAUUGGAGACAGUGCGCAGUUGGGACGAAACAGCAACGGCAUUCAGUACGGCCAGGUCAUUAUGACAGCACCUGAGGUAGAGGGACAACGGACCCUCGCUCAAACCUCAUUAUCACUUGACAUGUGA